AUGGCAAGUCCACACGCAUCACCCUUGCCACUCAGCUAAGACCACACACUGAGAGGGUAGGUGGGAAAGCCACAGGGGGAAUACAUUGAGGUUUAUGUGUGUGUUCACCACUGUAGCGGAACAUACCUUGGAGUUAAAAAAAAUAAAAAAUAAAAUAUAUUACACACUGUGACCUACUGAUUCCAUAUUUACUCAUGUGGUUCACUCUGGAAGACUGCAUGGUGGCUUCCCUCCCUACAUAAGGGGCUGAGAUAUCUAGCCAGGGUGGGGGGCCCCCUGCACCCAGGGUUGCAGCUACUGGCGUUGUGGCAGUUAGAGUGUUGCCCGGGUAGGCACACAGGACCUGUAAUUAAUCUGGAGGCUGUUUCAGUUUCCUAUCUCCCCCUGUGCACGCUAAUUGCUGCCUGUCCAGAUAUCGGCUCUUAGAAGGGGGGCAGAAUGGUCCACCCUGACUCCACUGCCAAAUGUGCAAGGGCAAAUUGGGGACAGGGCGUAUUCGAACGUCUAAUUAUAUACCCAGUUACUAUGCUUUGGUUUUACUGUUAUAAUCUCAUGCUUGUUCCCAAAUUGUGACACUACCCCUGAGCUCAGGUCCAUCUCCCACCACAAGGACUCUCGAACGCAAUCACUGCUACCCCCCUGCUGACACGGAGACACAGGUUCCUCCAACUAGAUCCUUUAAUAUUUCUUACUCUGCAAUACGUUGGGCCCUCCGAAUGCGGAUCCCCCCAGGACUGUAAGCCAUAAACUUCCACCCCCACGACACUAAUAACCAGCGCCUAGCCACAUUCUUGGCUCUCUUGUUAUAUACCCCCUGGACUCUGGUUAUAGUCCUUCACCCCUUCACCUGUUUCCAAGUUCUGGUACCCACGACUGGGACAGACUAAAACAAAACCUGGGCGAGAAACAUAUGUGGCUCCCAGCUGCCCCCAUAUCUUGCGUGCAUGCUGUUAAUCCAUCCUUUGACUACAGGCCUUGGCAGAAAGGAGGCUGCGCCUCCAUGGGCCAACUGUUUGGAGACAAUGGAAUACUGCCAUUCCCAGACCUCCAACAUAAAUUCAAACUACCGACGAGGGCGUUGUUAUCAUACCUCCAACUAAAAGCGCUCCUCACACACAACCCCCCCCUUUUUCACACUCGCCAACAAGUUACUAGCCUCUAUAUACCGAGUAGUGACAGUCCCGGCAGCACACAGCUACAAAAAAAUGUAUGCUCGACUGGCACAACGACUUAAACCAAACAUUUGAUGUCACAAGCUGGAAAAAAGCAAUGUUAGCUCACAAGGGAAAGACAAGCUGUGCGUCACACCUAGAACUGAUGAGAAAAAUCCAGUAUUGCUGGUAUAUGAUACCGGACAGACGAGCGUGAAUCUACCCGAACACUACCAGCUCCUCCUGGAGGUGUUUACAGGAAACGGGGAUGAUGUACCACAUUUGGUGGACUUGUCCCAAGAUCGAGGGAUAUCGGCGUAUGGUGGGAGAUGUAUUAUCAGACGCAUUGGGGAUGGGCAUCACACUCACACCUGAUUUAUGCCUCCUAUUCAUGCGACUGGAAAACAUCUCUAAACUGGCCUCUACCCUACUUUUUCACGUCCUCACGGCUGCAAAUUUGCUGAUAGCCAGAGCAUGGAAAUCUACAGAAAUACCAGGUUCUACAGCCCUUACAACACAGAUCACCCUGAACCUGGACUACGAGUCAAUGGCCCAUAAGCAUAUUAGCCCCAAAAAACAUAUACAGAGAGCGGGGAAUCAUGUGGGACACCUACAUUAAAACUCCAACACACACGGAACAUACCCACACCCCAUGUGCACGUGACAAAGGGGGAGAGGCAGGGGAAGACGUAACCACACGGGACGCUACCUGUAGGGCUCUUAUUACAAAUUAAACAUGAUGCAAAACCACUGAUACAGAGGUUCACCACCGGGGGCAAACAAGGAAGGCGGGACGGGGCGAUAGAUGAGUGGGGGGGGAGGGAAAUCUGGGCUGGACCCAGUGCUCUCGGCCCAAGGUUCACAAUGGGCAACUCCGCACACUCUGCAAUGGCAAUUAACAGACACUUUUUUUUUUUUUUUAUAGCCUGGAUUUAAAAAAAUAAAAAUAAAUAAUAGAAUAUUCACGGAUAUAAUUUAUAUGUACAUUAAUCAUCUACAAUAUUAAAACCUCCUGCUUAGAUCUGGUAAAUUUGAAAUUGAACUUUUUCAUGUUCCUCAAACUUUUCAUGAACACAUUUUGCAGUGUGGUAGGGUGCAUUAACCUGCUAAAAGAAGUGAACACCAUUGCCAUGAAGGGGUGUACGUGGUCUGCAACAAUCUCUAGGUAGGUGGUACUGUCAAAGUAACAUCCACAUAAAUGCCAUUGUCCAAGGUUUCCUAGCUAAACAUUGCCUUCUUCCCAUAGUGCAUCCUGCUGCCAUCGUUUCCCCAGGUAAAGACACACAUGCAUCCAGCCAUCUACCUGAUCUAAACGAAAACAUGAUUCAUCAGAUCAAUCAACCAUCAUCCAUUGCUCCCUGGUCCAGUUCUUACACUCACAUCCCCAUUGGGUGCCCCAAGGCGCUUUCAGCAGUGGACAUGGGUCAUCAUGGGUACUCUGAACGGUCUGCGGCCACAGAGUGUCACAGUGUCUAAUGCUCUAAAGCAUUUGGUACAGUUUCACAACAGAUUACUGUAGUUGGAUCACAAACUGUCUUAAAAGUGUGCAGAGAGAUAUAAUGGAACAUAGAGCUUGUUGAGUUGAACACCGAAUACCACAUGGUUACAUGCUGACUUGUCCUCACUUUAAUGUACUUAUUCAUCACCUUGAAAACAAAGCUUGAGACAGAGGGAGUUAUGGUGCCAGAAAUACAGCUUUGUAUUUUUGGCACUAUAGUAUCUCUUUAAUAUUUUUGCAGAUACAAAAGUGUGAUGUUUCUGCUUUAGCAGUGCUGGCUGGAAGGAUCACAGGUGACAGACAAAGCCAGGUAAGCAUCAAACCUAUUGUCAGCUGACUAAAAUAAAGCCCCACGAAACAUGCAUUGCCAUAACCACUAAAGUGUGCGGUAGUGGUUAUGGUUCUCAGAAUACCCCCUUAGCCCGACAACCAUAUGUCAGGAUGCCAGAGGUUAGGGCAGGUGUUCUAUCAAAUUUACUGACUCUGUGAAAUUGUCCUACCGGUACCGGGACAUGACCUGGUGUUCCAGCUGACCCACGCUGUGCUCACAGUGCAGUGCUCCCCUACUCCCCCAUUAUAAAAAUAAUACAAAUUCCUGCAUGCUGGUUCCCUUCUCAUUCACAGCACUAGUGCAGGUAUGGCAUAUCUGGAGGCUAAGGGAAACUGGUUAUUCUGUGCAUGGUUGUAAAUUGUGUGUAUGUGUAUAUAUUAAGUGUGACUUUAUGUAAAGUGAUGUGACUUUCUGUUUGAGUAAAAGUGUGUGCAUUAGUAAGAGUAUGUAAGUGACCGUGUAUGUUAGUGAGAGUGUGUAAGUUACAUUGUGUAUGUUAGUAAGAGUGUGUGUUCGUGAGUGUGCAAGUGACACAGUCUGUCUGUGAGUGUGUUGAGUGUUCAAGUGACAUGGUCUAUGUCAGUCAGAGUGUGCAAGUGACAGUGUGUGUGUUAGAGAGACCGUGUAAGUGACGCUGUGUAUGUCAGUGAGAUUGUGUUAGUGAUAGCGUGUAAGUGACACCGUAUGUCAGUGAGAGCGUGUAAGUGACGCUGUGUAUGUCAGUGAGUGUGUAUUAGUGAGAGCGUGUAAGUGAUGCUGUGUAUGUCAGUGAGUGUGUGUUAGUGAGAGCGUGUGACGCUGUGUAUGUGUUAGUGAGAGCGUGUAAGUGACGCUGUGUAUGUCAGUGAGAGUGUGUGUGUGUUAGUGAGAGCGUGUAAGUGACGCUGUGUAUGUCAGUGAGUGUGUGUGUUAGUGAGAGCGUGUAAGUGACACUGUGUAUGUCAGUGAGAGUGUGUGUGUGUUAGUGAUAGCGUGUUAGUGAUAGCGUGUAAGUGACGCUGUGUAUGUCAGUGAGUGUGUGUUAGUGAGAGUGUGUAAGUGACGCUGUUUAGUCAGUGAGAGCGUGUAAGUGACGCUGUGUAUGUCAGUGAGAGUGUGUGUGUGUUAGUGAUAGCGUGUAAGUGACACUGUGUAUGUCAGUGAGAGCGUGUUAUAACGUGAGUGUAGAAUAAACUAAUAGGAACUAGAUCAUACAUGAGCUAACGAGUAGCCUUAUGCAGAUAUUUUUCAUCCAUAAAUAAAUAGAUUCAUUCAAUUAAUUAUGCUUUUAAUCCAUACUCUAAAUUGCAGUAUCUUUGGAAUAAAUUAUUUUCUGGACAAAUCAGUUUGUUCAGGUGUGGAUAAAAAUUAUUUUUAAUUAAGAUUCAUCGAUUUGUUUAUAAGUAAAACAUUUUUGCGCAAGUCUACUAAAGAGAGUUAUGGAUACUUCAGUCACCAGGCCUAUAUUUGCCUGCUAGACAUGUCCAAAAGGCUUUAGAAAGCCUAGCUGGUCGCUAGUAGCCAGUCUAUACCAAGGCCACAGUAUCCUACCAAUGCUGCUUAAAACCUAUAAAAGGUAGCGAUCUAAUUAUACCUCAGCUGUAUAAUCCUUUAGAGUGUAAGCUCAUGGACUAUCUACCUAUGCACUUUGUAUAAAAGAGCUUAAAUGGCAAGAUUUCAUCUUACGGGCAGGGCCCUCUCUACCUUUUGUAUUUGUGUGUGUAUAUUGUAUGUUCUCCACUAAUUGUACAGCGCUGCGGAAUCUGUUGGCGCUUUAUAAAUACCAGCAAUAAUAAUUAUAAUAAUAACCUACCACACCGCUACACUAGACCAAAAUCAAAGCUACCACUACAGAGAUCCCAAUUGUCCUGUACGUCUGGCACAGCUGAGAGGCUGGCUGUCAGACUGGUGUGCUUGAAGCCAGGCUGAUACGGUUCUUUAAUGAGCAGGUAUGGCCAUUAUGGUUUCACAAGUUGCAUCACUGGCAAUGCCCCCUUAAAGGUCUGCCCACUGUCCUGAUUUCAUGCCUCCUAAUGCAGAGAGGUAUGACACUAUAAAGAGUAAAUAGUGAAACUGUGAAAACGUGUCCUAACACAUUUUCAGUGCUAUUAGAUGCACCUUUGUCAGGGACGCAUUAACAAUUGAGUUCAGUAAAUGUAGGCCUGCUGGUAUCCACAGCACUAUUUAGCAUUGUUUAUGGCUCUUUAUACAAGGAAUGAGGUGUUUAGUGUUCACCAAUGCUAGAUGAACACUAAGCUCAUGGGUAUAGUAUUUCUGUUUCUUUUGUAUCAGUAUGCGUUCAUUAUUUGUCUGUAUACAAUCUGUUGUAAAGCGCUACUGAAUAUGUUGUUACCGGUUAAGUACUAAACAAUAAUAAUUUACUGAAUAUUAUUGCUGUGGAGCUUUGGUAUAUACUUAGACUCAGCCAGAAUAUUGAGCUCCUACAAAAGAUGGCCAUUAUGAUAGGGGGGAAAAAAGGAACAGAGGGAUUUGGGUUCAGAAUGGGGACUGCCCCACCUAAAUAGGGACACUUGGUAGGUGUAAGCAGUGUCUAAUGCUCUAUUUGCUCUAAGCAUUAGGUGUUUUGCCCUCUAUACACUAAGCAUGAGGCAUUUAGUACUCCAUGCACUAAGCAUGGCGUGUUUGGUGCUCCAUACACAAAGCAUGACGUGUUUAGCGCUCUAUGCACUAAGCAUGAGGUGUUUAGUACUCUACACAAGAGUUUAGAACUCUAUAUAUUUGGUUAAAGAUGUUUAUCACUCUGUACAGAAAGCAUGGGGUGUUUAGUACUCUAUAUACUUUGCUAGAGCUGUUUAGUGCUCUAUGCAGGAAGCAAGAGGUGUUUAGUACUCUAUACAGAAAGCAUGGGGUGUUUAGUACUCUACACAAGAGUUUAGAACUCUAUAUAUUUGGCUAAAGAUGUUUAUCACUCUGUACAGAAAGCAUGGGAUGUUUAGUACUCUAUAUACUUGGCUAGAGCUGUUUAGUACUCUGUACAGAAAGCAUGAGGUGUUUAGUACUCUAUACAGAAAGCAUGAGGUGUUUAGUACUCUAUAUACUUGGCUAGAGCUGUUUAGCACACUAUACAGAAAGCAUGAGGUGUUUAGUGCUCAAUACAGAAAGCAUGAGGUGUUUAGUGUUCUAUACACUUGGCCAGAGCUGUUUAGUACUCUAUAUACUUGGAUAGAGUUGUCUAUUGCUUUAUACAGAAAGCAUGAGAUGUUAAGUACUCUAUAUACUUGGCUAGAGCUGUUUAGUACUCUAUACAGAAAGCAUGAGGUGUUUAGUACUCUAUAUACUUGGCUUGAGCUGUUUAGUACUCUAUAUACUUGGAUAGAGUUGUCUAUUGCUUUAUACAGAAAGCAUGAGAUGUUAAGUACUCUAUAUACUUGGCUAGAGCUGUUUAGUACUCUAUAUACUUGGAUAGAGUUGUCUAUUGCUUUAUACAGAAAGCAUGAGAUGUUAAGUACUCUAUAUACUUGGCUAGAGCUGUUUAGUACUCUAUAUACUUGGAUAGAGUUGUCUAUUGCUUUAUACAGAAAGCAUGAGAUGUUAAGUACUCUAUAUACUUGGCUAGAGCUGUUUAGUACUCUAUACAGAAAGCAUGAGGUGUUUAGUACUCUAUAUACUUGGCUUGAGCUGUUUAGUACUCUGUACUGAAAGCAUGAGGCAUUUAGUGCUCUAUACACUUGGCUAGAGCGGUUUAUUGCUUGAGCUGUUUAGUACUCUAUACAGAAAGCAUGAGGUGUUUAGUACUCUAUACAGAAAGCAUGGUGUGUGUAGUACUCUAUAUACUUGGAUAGAGCUGUUUAGUGCUCUAUACAGACAGUAUGAGGUGUUUAGUGCUCUAUACAGAAAGCAUGGUGUGUGUGUAGUACUCUAUAUACUUGGAUAGAGCUGUUUAGUGCUCUAUGCAGACAGUAUGAGGUGUUUAGUGCUCUAUACAGAAAGCAUGAGCUGUUUAAUGCUCUAUACUCUUGGCUAGAGCUGUUUAGUGCUCCAUACAGAAAGUAUGAGCUGUUUAUUGCUUUAUACAGAAAGCAUGAGAUGUUUAGUACUCUAUAUACUUGGCUAAAGCUGUUUAUUGCUUUAUACAGAAAGCAUGGUGUGUUUAGUACUCUAUAUUCUUGGAUAGAGCUGUUUAUUGCUUUAUACAGAAAGCAUGAGGUGUUUAGUGCUCUGUAUACUUGGCUAGAGCUGUUUAUUGCUUUAUACACUUGGCUAGAGUUGUCUUUCUUUAUACAGAAAGCAUGAGGUGUUUAGUACUCUAUAUACUUGGCUAGAGCUGUUUAGUACUCUAUAUACUUGGAUAGAGUUGUCUAUUGCUUUAUACAGAAAGCAUGAGAUGUUUAGUGCUCUAUACAGAAAGCAUGAGGUGUUUAUUGCUCUGUAUACUUGGCUAAAGCUGUUUAUUGCUUUAUACAGAAAGCAUUGUGUGUUUAGUACUCUAAUUGGAUAGAGUUGUCUAUUGCCCUAUACAGAAAGCAUGAGAUGUUAAGUACUCUAUACACGUGGAUAGAGCUGUUUAGUGCUCUACACAGAAAGUUUGAGGUGUUUAGUGCUCUACACAGAAAGUAUGCAGUGUUUAGUACUCUAUACAGAAAGCUUGAGGUUUUUAGUGCUCUAUACACUUGGCCAGAGCUGUUUAGUACUCUAUAUACUUGGAUAGAGUUGUCUAUUGCUUUAUACAGAAAUCAUGAGGUGUUUAGUGCUCUAUUCAGAAAGCAUGAGGUGUUUAGUGCUCUGUAUACUUGGCUAACGCUGUUUAUUGCUUUAUACAGAAAGCAUUGUGUGUUUAGUACUCUAUAUAUUUGGAUAGAGAUGUUUAGUGCUCUAUGCAGGAAGCAAGAGGUGUUUAGUGUUCUAUAUACUUGGAUAGAGUUGUCUUUCUUUAUACAGAAAGCAUGGUGUGUUUAGUACUCUGUAUUCUUGGAUAGAGCUGUUUAUUGCUUUAUACAGAAAGCAUGAGGUGUUUAGUGCUCUGUAUACUUGGAUAGAGUUGUUUAUUGCUUUAUACAGAAAGCAUGGUGUGUUUAGUACUCUAUAUUCUUGGCUACAGGAUGUUUAUCACUCUAUACCAGUGAUGGCUAUCCUUGACACCAUAAAUCUUUUUCUGGAUUACAUUUCCCAAGAUGCUCAGCUAGCUUUUACAGUCAAGGUUAGCCAUCACUACUCUGUACAGAAAGCAUGAGGUGUUUAGAGCUCUAUAUCCUUGGCCGGAAUUGUUUAGAGCUCUAUAUCCUUGGCAGAGGUGUUUAGAACUCUUUAUUCUUGGAUAGAGGGUUUUGGAGUUCUACACACAGAGCGCGGACACUGUUAUCCACUGUUCCCAAGACCCGGAUGUUAACCGCCGUUGUUCCCAUGACAACAAGCCCCUCCCCCUGUGGCAGCCAUCUUGUUAGAGUCACAUCCGGAGCGUCCCAUCCGCCAUUUCAUCCUGCGGAAGGAGUGGUGAGUGCUGCUCUCACGGGGUGCGGGCUCCGUUACGGCAAUAGCCAGCUCUCCGGCCAUUUACUAACAUGCCACAGCCAUCCCUGGGCGCGGUACGGACUGAGAUCCAGCCGGCUGUGCCCGGGGGAGGGAGUGGGGGGAUCGGCACUGCGCUCCGGGGAUGAGGCCUACUGGGAGUGGGAGGGCCGGAGGCCUGGCUCUGCCGGAGCUGGGAUCGUGGAAUCCGGGCUGGGUAUUUAUAAUGGGUUUACUGCAGCGGGUGGGCGGGUAUAUUAAUACAUGGGGUAGGGUGCUGCUUUCUCUAUACACAACGUGGGCAGCCGGAUCGCAGGGGAGGCUAGGGCCAUCUAUGGUCAGGGUUAGUGUGAGUGGGGGGUCUCGUGUAAGGGGUCAGGGUUUGAGUGAGGGGGUCUCAUGUGGGUCAGGGUUUGAGUGAGGGUCUCAUGUCGAGGGGGGGGGUGGGCGGGGGUCAGGGUUUGGAGGAGGGGGGUCUCAUGUAAGGGGUCAGGGUUUUGGGUGAGUGGGGGGUCUCAUGGGUCAGGGUUUGAGGAGGGGGUCUCAUGUAAGGGGUCAGGGUUUGAGUGAGGAGGGGUCUCAUGUAAGGGGUCAUGUAAGGGGUCAGUUUGAGUGAGGGGGUCAGGGUUCGAGGGGUCAGGGGUCUCAGUAAGGGGUCAGGGUUUGAGUGAGGGGGGUCUCAUGUAAGGGGUCAGGUUUGAGUGAGGGGAGGUCAGGGUUUGAGUGGGGGGUCUCAUGUAAGGGGUCAGGGUUUGAGUGAGGGGGGUCUCAUGUCAUGGGGGGGGGGUUUGAGUGAGGGGUCUCUUGAGGGGGGUGAGGGUUUGAGGGGGGGUCUCAGGGGUCAGAAGGGGGUCAGGGUUUGAGGGAGGGGUCUCUGUAAGGGGUCAGGGUUUGAGAGGGGGUCCUGUAAGGGUCAGGGGUUUGAGUGAGGGGGUCUCAAGGGGUCAGGGUUUGAGUGAGGGGGUCUCAUGUGGGGUCAGGGUUUGAGGAGGGGGGUCCAUCAGGGUGAGUGAGGGGUCCGGGGCAAGGGGUCAGGGUUUGAGUGAGGGGGUCCCAAGGGGUCAGGGUUUGAGUGAGGGGGUCUCAUGUAAGGGGUCAGGGUUUGAGUGAGGGGGUCCCAUGUAAGGGGUCAGGGGUUUAGUGAGGGGUCCUCAUGUAAGGGGUCAGGGUUUGAGUGAGGGGGGUCUCUGUAAGGGGUCAGGGUGGGUUAAGGGGGGUUUUGAGGAGGGGGGUCUCAUGGGUAAGGGGUCAGGGUUUGAGUGAGGGGGGGUCUCAUGUAAGGGGUCAGGGUUUGAGUGAGGGGGUCUCAUGCGGGGUCAGGGUUUGAGUGAGGGGGGUCUCAUGUAAGGGGUCAGGGUUUGAGUGAGGGGGGUCUCAUGUAAGGGGUCAGGUUCAGGUCAGGGUUUGAGUGGGGGUCUCAUGUAAGGGGUCAGGGUUUGAGUGGGGUCCAUGUAAGGGGUCAGUGGGGGUCUCAUGUAACUUGUAUGUGUUCAAAUGCGGUCUACAUAGUCUUCAAUUACUACACCAAUACAUACCCUUUAAAGAAACAACAAAUAGGGCUAGAAUUUUAUGACAUCUAAAUAUUUAAAUUGGCCUAUAUAAUAUUUUAAAUAAAAAAGGAGGGAAAUGCAUUUCCCUCCACAUUUUAGCAAUAACAAUGUAUGCAUAAUUAAUGCAGUGUACGUAAAACUGUUCAAAAUAUAUUAAUUUGCCCUAAUUUACAGGGUAUAUUUUAUGUCUAGGAUUUCUGUUUAUUUUUGGUAGUUACAGGUCGUGAAAUAGAAUUUAAAUCUAUAAUGAUUGUAGAAUUGGAUAUGUUUUAAUAAGUUUAAUAGCAAUCAAUGAAAACCAUAUUGCCACACAAAAGUGUAUACAGUAUUUAUAUGAAGUAGACCUCUCAAGGGUAUUUUGAUACUUAUUAUGUAGCCAUUUAACUGACACUCUAAGUAUUGUAGUAAAAUAGUUUUGUUUUUUUCCCCAAUUUACACACAAACAAGAUUUUUGGUUAAAUGUGUGUUUCCUAAACCUGAGGUGUGCUAUGACUCUGGGGCUGCAUGGUGUCUAGGGUGUGCUUCCCUCUUUUUCAGAAGUUUAAUCCUAUUGCCUGCUCUUUUGAAUGGGUACCUGGUAAAUAAUUUAAGAAUAAUACUGGGUGAUGUAUGUGCAAAAACUGGCAAGAAAAGUGGUAGUUUGUUUUUUGUUCUAAUUGUGGAUUUGUCUUGAUUGAGCCUUUCAUUCCUCUAGGUCAACAUAGAUGUGACUGCAGGGGCAUUUCAUAUUAGAGUACAUAAGUGGAGCUGCAGAUAUAGUACUUUUUAUCUUUGGGCAGUUCUUAGAUGUCUAAAACCGUCACCUUCUUAUUAAAAAAAAAUACAGUAAAUCUCUAGCUUGUUAAAUGUGUAGCGUAUUAAAUAAGUUAUUAUGGUGCCAGACGGCCCUUGGGUGCAGGUGUCGGUUUACCUCCAAAUUGUGCCCCCGGCGCCGAUCUGCAGGUCAUUCAUGCGGUUUCUAACCUCCGUUUCAGGAAGAGCGGAAUGCCGCCAGGCAGGGGUGCUGCUGAUUGGAUCAGAGAAUCAGCUGCCCCCCUGUACGGUAACACUCCUCACCUUUUGCUUCCUGAAAUGAUAUUCAGAUGCUGCCAAGGAAAUCUACAGAUUGGUGCUGCAAGCACACUUUGGAGUAAACCUGUUCAAGCUGAAGUUAUGGUGUCCACGUCGUACCUUUUAACCAUAGUUAGACAAGAGUAGAUCCCAAAUGUUCAUGUAGAAUGAGACAGUUGGUGUUUGGUCGUGAAACGUUUGUCAGCCUUUACUAAUGGUCUUCAAAUGUUAGAUUAAUUUGUAGGUAUAUUCCACUACAGUUCUGAAUGCGAUGAUUAUUGAUGACUGUAUUAUGGAUUUAUAGAGACAUUCCCUGUAAACAGAAAUUAUAGUCCUCCCAGAAUAAUGAAUACAUUACCAUAAAAGAAAUCUUUCUUAUGGGAUUGUAAAUUAGUCAUUUCCAUCACCAACAUGAGAAAUCAAUGGGGUUUACUGGCCCUCUGUUACAGAUCAGGUUAAUACUGCUCUUGUCACAACUGUGAUAAUGGUGGGAAUUAACUGUCUGUUAUAUAAUGUAUGAGUUUGGUUACUCUUUAACUGCAGUUAGUUAGUUGUACUUUUUCUAUAGGAAAAUCGUGAUUGCAAAUGUCAUUUUUUUUAAAAAUAUUUUUUUUUAAAUCGACAGAUAAAAUGAGUGGCUGCAGAGUGUUCAUUGGGAGGCUGAGUCCCCAUGCCCGGGAGAGAGACGUGGAAAAGUUUUUUAAAGGGUAUGGACGGAUCAGAGAGAUAAAUCUGAAAAAUGGAUUUGGAUUUGUGGUAAGUUGCACAGUGGAAUUUAAGAAAAACUGUAUUCAUUUUAUUUUUUUAAUCUUGAACACUCCCAUCACCAGUAACACUCCAGGUGCCAUAAAUACUACAAUUCACUGUAGUAGUUAUUGGGAUAGGAACACAUUGGCACAUCCUUCAUUGUAAGUAGUCAAACGGUUUUAGGACAGUUUGACUACUUACCUGGAUUCCACCAUGCAUCAAUCCUCUCCUUCACUAUUUUCUUUAGAGAGCUAGAGGCUCCCAAACAGGACUAUCUGUUGGAUCAUCUGAGCUAAUCGUUUGAAAGGUUACUUGUACCUAGUGGUUACAAUGUUUAAAGUGCUUUGACAUAUGGUGCAGCUAUAUGGCAGCACAAACAGACUGCCCUAAUAUCCCAAUAGGUAUGCAAAAAAAACUAAGAGUACACAGCCAAAUUACUGUCAGUAGUUGGUUACAAUUGCAUAACUGUGUUCGAAAAACCGGAGCCCGUAAUAGUGAAUCAGUCAGGAGUAAUUUGUAAAUUAAUUACAAUAUAAAGAUAGGCAUUUAGCCCACUGGCAGAUUCAGAGACGGUUAUUAUAACUGGAAAAAAUAAUAAAAGGUAAAAUAUAAAUGUAAAGCCAGGAAAUAUUUGUAAGCAAAAUAGGCAAGCUGUUAUAACCGUAUCCUCUGCCUGCUAAAUCUUUCCCUUAUUUUGCCUAUUUGAAGGUACCUAUCUGCGGAGGCUGCACUGGCUAGAUUACCUAUUAUCUAUCAGCAUGCUACUGCGAGGCUGAUAUAAACAUAUGUUAAUAAGAUCAGUGACUAUCGGAGCCAUAAAGUCUUUAACGUAGCGGUACAAACGUACGCAAAAGUCUGUCGUGUUGUAGCCACAGAGCUACUGACCUACAGACAGCCCUGGUGCACGUUUUGUCUGUCAAGCAGCUCUUUAAUGUGCCAUAUUUCAAAACACUUUGCAACUAUUGGGUACUAGAAAUCUUUUAAUUUGUCUGUAAUCAGAUAUAUCAACACAUUAGAAUCGUUAUUUUGUAUUUUCAUUGCUGAACAAAUGGCAUAUACCAUUAUGAAUUGACAGGAAUCCAUAUUUGAUACAUAGGACUGUUAUUUUGAGUUUCUUUCAAUAUUCAUUUUCUACCACCCCUACUGCCCAAGUGUUCAUUCUACUAGCCUUAAAUUCAAUUCCCCAUUUUAUUUUGUCUAUCAACAGUAUGACUGGAUCUUUUAAUAAUCAGUAUCAAACUAUUAGAUUAAACUUAUCUUUUAUUACAAAUUAUUAAACUAUUUCCUUUUACUUUUGGGACUCUUCUCCUUCCUUUUGUCACCUGGCUUAGCACUGCAGUGUUCCUUUAACACUUGAUAUAUGCAAUCGUUCCCAGAGACGUCCACAGUUUACCUGAUUAGUUCCCAUCAACAUUAGACCGUUAGGGAUUUGAAUGAGAGAAACUGGGUUAAGGAUAGACUAAGAAUUGGUGAUGUCAACUUGUGAUUGUGUUUUAGUAAGUCACAUCAGUUGUUGUGGCAUUAUCUUAAGGAGUUAAAGUACAGGUGAUUCGGUGAGGAAAACCGCAGGAUAAGAGUACAUUGAGGUGUAUAGCAAGAUAAAAUGCUGACAGUGCAAGAAAGUGCAGAUAAGGUGGCGACAGAAUCCAAACACUCCCCUUCUGUGCACACUCCUGUACAGGACAGAGCUGCUUGUUUUUUGAUCUUCAACCUGCCGUACACAAGUCCUAAUUUUACAAGUGUGCAGUGGGGGUGGAGAAUUGCUGGCUGCUCAUUGUUAGCCAGUUGUAAUUGGAAUUGCAUAAUUGUGUGUAAGAAUGAAGAUGCUCAAUUCACAAAACCAACACCACCACAAACACUAUUAGAACAAUACAAUGGUUCACCUGGCAUGAGGAGCCUCAUUGCAACCACUAUGUACAAAGGUGUAUUCAACCAAAUAUAUUGUACUUGAUUCCAUAUAUAAAAAGGCAUUAUAAUAGAAGAAUUUAUCAGAAAAUAGGCUUACUACAGUACAAGCAGAUGUUAUGCCUUCGACACUGAACUUCAUCACUGUGCAUUAUUUAAAAUGUACCCUUUCCUCAUGCUUUACCCCUAACUAUAACAUCACGAAAGUGAAAAUAAAGAAUUUACAAAGAAAAUGAAGAUGCUAGCAAGCAAUGAUAAAACUGCCUUCGUUUUAUAGUGAGGCAUAAUAGGCGCAGGCUGCAAGGCUCCUUCCAGUCCUAAUGAGUCAAGUAGAAAUAUAUAGUGCUGCAGCUUUAUAUACAUUUCGAUAUGGGUUUUUUCCUCCACCAGAAUGUGGACUAGGCGAUGUUUCAACCUAAACAGGAUCUAUCUGUGUGAACAUGAUGACCCAGCCCUAAAAGUUAAUUAUUUUUUUUUUUGUCAUUUUUUUUAAAUGACAUCUUUAAUUGCUUUACAACUACAAUUAACGUUAAUUGAAGUAAUCCCAUCAGUGGCAGGGUGUAAAUGUAGUAUGUAAAUCAUACUACUAUACAAUAACGAAAUGCAAAAGACAAAAUGGAGAAUUGCAAUUCAAAGUACAAUGAAACUGCUACAAAAUAUGUUUAUAUUGGUCUUCUGGAAUAACUUUAUACAAAUUUGUUUAAGGAAACAUUUAAGCAAGACAAGAUACCAGUGUUCUGAAACAAAUUUCUCAAUAUUAAGGAUCCAGACUGCGCAAUAGGUGGCUGCAGUGGCGCUUAACAGGGAUCUGUGGUAAAGAAGAGAUAUCAGAUUGGCAUUGAGGUUGCCUAAUUUUAGUUUCAUGAAUAUAUUUCAGAUAUUUAGUAUUUGUUAUAGAAAGUUGCUUCCAACUAAAUUUGUCAGAUCCACCACGUUUCCCAGACAAUUAUCACUUAUGCAAAUUGAUGGACUGCUGAGGUGAUCCGUUGCGUUCCAAUGCAUGUAGCCAGUCAGCUUUUCAUAUUCUACCCAUUAUCACAAAAAUGAUGUCAAACCCGGAUAGGUUUGGUAACCCCACUCCCGACAUGUUUUUUAUUUUGUUUUUUGUUCUUUCAUAGGAAUUUGAAGAUCAUAGGGAUGCUGAUGAUGCCGUCUAUGAACUGAAUGGCAAAGAACUAUGCAGUGAAAGGUAUGUCCAUACAUUCUGAAUUCUAAAUAUGAGCACAAUAGAGCUUUACAUCAGGGAGUUUACAAAAUAGGCAGUGUGCGUUUGGUACAAUAGAGCUUUACGUGCUAUGACUUAUGCACAGUUCUUACUGUGCUUUGUCUUUUUCCAGUUGCCAACAAACCUUUGCAUAAAGCUAUGUAGCUAGAAAUGAAUCUGGUUAGUGACUGCUUACUAAACUGUCCGUCUUUUAUAUUUGUGAUCUUCUAAGCUACCAAAAAUCCAGCUGGAAGUUGAGAAAUGCGUGGCCGGUUUUAAAUACAGCCCACUGUAGUGAUUAUGGUGCCAGAAGUGCAAUAGAGGCCUCCCAGAGUUAUAGACAAAAUGUUUGAGAACCGUUUCAGAACUUGGGACCCGCUGGACAUCUGCCACUAUCUUUUUGCUGCUGGAAGCUCCUGCACUGAGCUCAGCUAAUGAGCUGGCUCUGCCCAGUAGUGCUUCAGUCAGAAGCUAAUAGAAACAUUAAGAAAAAUGUAUGAGGAUAGCACUCAUCAUGAAGCCCCAGUCUUUGUUUGCGCACAGUUCUGGUCUCGAGUGGAGUGAGCAGUGGGUCAGUGUGAGCCUGCGCAAACUAUAACCAGUGGUGGUGCUGUCCUUUCCUGAUGGUUGCAAUCCAUCACUUUGGGAAUAACGUGCCACACGCGUUGUGCUUUUUGCUUCAUUUCUGAGUCCCCAUGGUGCUGUUCUGGGCACUCAGAUGCAGCUGUAAGUUAUGUAUUUUUUUUUUUUAUUCUCGUUAUGCAAUUAUGUUUUAAUUGGGUGCUCCUUUAUUAAAUUGUCUGUGUGUAUAUAUUCUUGAUCUUCACUGAGUGUUAGACUUGAUAAGUCUCAUAAUUAGAAUACAACUUAGCCGCUUGUUCUCUUGAACCAAUACCAUUUGUACAUCUGCAUAUUAGGAAGUUAAACCUUAGACACCAUACAUGCACAGCAAUCAAUACACAAUGUGCCAAUCUAAUGAUGCUUAUAGAGAAGCAUUGGACAAACAGCGUUUUGUAUCUGCAUGCUGGCAAUGGACAUCAACUGGAUUUCUAAUUCAAUAUUAUUAGCGUUUGAUGCUCCUAGUGGCUUUGUCUGACAGUCACAAAUAGGCACGGAAACUGCAAAAUGUAUACAGUGCCUUUUCCCUGAAACACUCUUUACAGCUGCAGGGAUUAGUGUAUAUGUAGUAUCUCACUAUUGGUAUAUCUUUUGGUCUCUUUAAGGGUCACAAUUGAACAUGCCAGGAAUCGCAGAGGACGAGGAGGAAUGAUGGGAGGUGGAGGUGGUGGAGGGAGGUAUCCCAUGCGCUUUGGCUAUCGUCAGUCUAACACUGGUGGACCAAGGUAAUGUGGUUUUUGAUUAAGUUUUCAAGCUACGAAGGUAGUUUGUGUAUGUUAUGUGUCUCCACCCCUUUUCACAAGCCCAACAGACUUGCAUUUCUGCCAGCUUUCUUUUUCUAAAUCUGCUGUUUUUCUUUUGGUUCUCCUAGUAGGUAUGGACCUCCAGUUCGAACCGAGCAUAGGAUUAUCGUGGAAAACCUCUCCUCACGUGUCAGCUGGCAGGUGAGAAUUGUAUAGCUUGUUCUCAAAUAUAACUUUAUGAGUAAAGGAUUCGUCAGCCUAGAGCGGCUUUACACACUUAUGUAUAGCCUUGGCAUAAUAGGGUGUGUGCUACUUGUUUUUCAUUACUUUAGUGGUGUUUAAAAAGCAAAAUUCCACCUUUUCUGCUUGGUAGGCUGGCACAGCCAUUGUAAGACACUGUAAAAUAUACAUUGCUGUUUUAGUAUUUAGCCAAUACACUGUAUUUUUAUGUCGUACGACAGUGCUACAUAAUUUAUCUGGCUGGCAUUUUGUGUUUUGAUGGUCAGCUGUACAAUUACUGAGUUUUUAUGCCUCCGUGUCCUAUUGAGAAUGAGGCAGGUCCCCACUAGAAGUACUGAGACACUUUAAUUGGCAUGAACAUAUAAAACUGACAUACUGAGAUUUAAACCAAUUUCUGCGGAGAGGCAUUUAUAUCAUAUUGCAGGUCCAUUAGAAUUUCAAAAUCUUCUUUGUGAAGACGGUUUGACAUAAUUUUAUCAGAGUGCAUUUUUAAGGUGCAAUCUUUGCCUUUUUGCGUUAAAGACAUUAAAACUCCCAAUUGCUAAAUAAAACUAGUACACUUUUAAGCUUCUCUUCAGGUUAUUUAUUGAAUGCUGGGUAGAAUUUCCUCUCUGACUUGGCAUUAUUGUGCCAAUUUAAUAAGCAGAUUUAUAUGGUUACACUGAGCUUCUCAGUAACGCUUUAACUUUUUUCUUGUGGUCAUUGUACUACAUGAGUGGCUAGCAAACGUUAAUGUCAUAACUAUUUAAACCUGUAAGCCAACUCCAUUGUGAUGUAAACACCACUUUAUAGAUUGCAGUCAGUGUUCAUCCAUGUUGUAAUGUAUUGAGUGGUGGAUGUGCCUGGGAUUCUGCUUACAGGCAAUAAAACAAACACCCUCUGAUUUGCACCGUGGUUGGCCAACUGUUGUGGUCUGUUUCCCAAUGAUGCUUAUUCGCAAAAUAGUUGACCAAGCAUCUCAGAAAACAGAGUGCACGACAGCUGUGUUAAUAUGGUGAUAUAGGUAGCACAGUAUGAAGUUGGAAAUUACUCCCUGCCUAAAGUAACAGGUUGCUCUAAAUUCAUUUUGCCUCCUAGUAAACAGAAAUGUGCAUUUUUAAGUGUUUGACAUGAAGUUGAACUUAUAUGAAUAAGACAUAUUAACAAUGAGACGUGUUUAUUAAUACCCUCCGCUUGUAACUACUGGGUUUCUUAAAGCAAAUUUAUUUUAAAAACAAAUAUUCUUUAGAGUCCUCUGGAAAUUACACAGUGAUUUUAGGUUUAUAUACGUGUUUCGUGUAAAAUUAGAGAUCUUCUAGGUCCGUGAGCCUUGUCAGUACAGUACAAAGACCUGACAGUCAUCAAUAUCUUCUCGUUUUACGCUUCGCAUUGUAAUUCCUCGAACAGCUCUUCUUGUUCAUGCUUCACGGCCUUGGCUGUUUGUGUGUGUCGGUUGUUUUGAGGGAAUUUCUUUGUAAAUGUAUUGGCAUACAAAAUGGCAUUUAAUGUAUAUAUUUGUUAAAACAUGAACUAAAUCUAAAGUGUUUGUCGUGUAGUGAAAAUGGUGUCACUUUUUAAAGAUCAUGAAAAUAGUCUUUGCCUUGUGCCAGCCAGAUAGCCAGCAUCAAUAAAGUUUUUAAUUUUGAAUUGCUGAAAACGUUUUUGUGUGUAAAUCCAAGUAUUGAUACAUCCAUCAAUUCCAGAAUGCCUGGGUGCAGCAGCCAACUCUUUUUCCCAUGGCUAUCAGUUUGCUGACAAUUUCUCUAGUUUAAUAUAUAAAUGUUUUACCUUUUGCAGAUUGAUUGUUUUAUGGGAUUACUGUUGUAACUUGAAAGGUCUCCUUCCUACUUCACAACAUAAUACCAAGUAUUCUUUACAGUAGCAUAUGGACACAGCCUUUGUCAUUUGUUAUGGCUUGCCUUUUUCCCUUUCAGAACAGUGUGUAGGGAAGAAAGCUCAAUUUCCGUGGAAGCUGUUAAAACUAGUGUCCAAUGCAUUCUUUAUUGACACAGGAACAUAACACUAUUUUACAUCUUUGAAUGUUUGCUAUACUCUUACUGCUGUGUUAAUUUCAUCUAGACAGGGAUCUAGCAGCUGUACAUUUUGAUUGGUCAUUAACUAAAGUGAAAUUGGGAGGGUUUUUUUUAACUUCUUAGCCAGAAUAGCCAAAUGUUCCAGUUUUCUUCAUUUUUGCCUAACAUUUCCCCCCACCAGAAAUUAUGCAUCGAAUUACAAUGACUACAUUUGAUCACAUUAUUUAAUAAGGAUGCUUGUAUCUAUGUGUGAUAUAACUUAGUUCUAAGUUUUCAGGUGACGUUAACAAUUACGGUCCCCAGGUUUAAAUGAUCGUGCAAAAUACUCUAUUAAAGCUGGAUAAAACCCAAGAACUAAAUGUCAAGACUUGUGGUAUUGCAAUCACAUCUCUCUAGAUCUUUCUAUAAUAACGCAAUGGAGCGGUUUGUCUUGUUUCAGUGUUUUUGUCCAGGUCUGCAAACUCCUCUUACCCUAAAUUUCAAGGAGGCUUGGAUUACCUAUAUCUUUUAUAUAUUUUAUUUACAAGGUUCUUUAUUGAUGAAGCACAGACAGUGUGAUCAAACACCACUGUAGAGGAGAGACUACAGUAAAAUAAAUAUCUCUUUAAACGAGGGGAAAUUGACACGUCUGAUAUUGUUAGUUUGCUCUUUAAUAUAAGAUCUACUUGUUUUACCAUCCCUUUUGUCUGUGUAUCAUAACACUUGCUUCAGGAUGGGUGAUGGAUACAUAUUUGGUGUAAACACUGUUAAAAAGCCACUAAAUAACAUUUCAUAGCCUUUUGAUUCCUUGAAAGAUGGCAUUCGAAUUGUAAGAGUGCAGCUUGUGUAGAACAUGCACACUGAAUGGGUCUGCUAAGUAAAUGCUGAUCAAUGUUUUGGUAACACUCAGUUUUCUGUUAUUCCAACAGUGAGGGUCUAGGAUUGAUCCUCUUCCAAUGAUUAAAGGCAUCUUGUUAUGGUGCCUCUAAGCUGCAUGCAGAUCCUUUGGUUCUUGGUCAAAUUAUUUUGAACUGUUUGACCUCUCCCCCCCCCUCCCCAGCCCAUCCUCCUAGUAUGUCUGUUGCUAGUGUGAAAGUUCCAUUUUCAUAUUGGUAAUAGACAAAAGGGUGGUCUGUUUUCGUCACAAAGAACUGUAGUGUGGUGCCCAUUGUUAUUGUUUAAGUGACCCUUUUGAAAGAGUUACCAUUUUGUCUUCACUUUUAGACCAACUUAAAGUUGGCCAUAAGUUGUGCUGCAAUUUUAUUUUAAUUUCCAUGCUUUGCUCUGCAAAGUAGGCAAAUUAGUUAACUCUUGUAGUGCCAUUCACACAGUGUGUAUGGCUUUCCUGAUGAAAAGACAUUGUGUGCAUAUGGCAUGAUGCCUGAGGCCAGCUCUGGCAUCAGUUAUGUCACAGCGAAGUAGCACCCAAAGUGGAAAUGCAGCAGAGGUAAGUUGCAUUUUAUUUUGUUUGUUUUUCUGAAUUGCAUUAUUCACCUGAAUAAAUACUGCAAUAGUGUUUACUUAGGUGAAGGAACCAGAAACAUACACUUGUCUGACUGUUCUGCUUUAAAUAGAACUAGAAUGGAGUACUGAUAGACUGUAUACCGAUGAUCAAGAAUCAGAGAAUCCAUGUAACUUUAGUGGCUUUUUAAAAUGAGGUUUUGUUUUGAGGCUUUAAAGAGUUGUCCAAUUGCUAGUGCUGUGUAAGUGGUGUUCUUGGUCACACCUGGCCCCUGACCUAUCUUUCCCUGUCCUCUAUGUUGGUUUGAAAGCAGUCACGCCCAGAAUGCACUAUGUUUUAUAUAAAAUCUGUAUGACCAUUUAAAACUUCAUCACAUGUAUAUUUAUAUCUCCCUUUUCUAGUGUCUUUAAAUAGCUACUACUGUGUCAGAUAUGUAGUGUGGGGUUCAUUACUUUCUUUAAUAGUAAAAUAAUGGGGAAUUAAUUGUGUGCAUCUACCAUGAAAAUAUAUUUAAAAAUAGAAAUUGAAGUCUUGUAUUAAACCAUUACUUUAAAGGGAAACUAUAAUGCCAACCCUUAUUUUAAGUUUUAACAUGCUCUGCCAAUCAAAUGCUUCUUGUAGAGAAGCAUGGAAUGCAGUGCUCAUCUUUGAGAAGCAUCGGAGUUGCUUGCAUUGCAGUAGGACAUCGAAUUUACAGAACAGUUUGACUCUGUAGUGAAUAAGGAAGCACCAGCUGGUGACUGUCAGAAUGACCACCACCUAAAUUGUUUUUAGCCCCUCAAUGUUUUUUACAUUUUGGGAGCAAAACGGCAUGGUGCUUAAACAGAGAUCACUUCAUUGAGAUGAAGUGGUUUUGGUGCUUAGUGUCCCUUCCAAGUGAGGGUAAAUGCAUGGAUUUCUCUAGAUUCUCGAUCUACUAAAAAAUUAGCACUGAUCAUAGCAAAAGUUCAUGCUGAAGCAUGUAGACAGCUUUGCAGCUUGUGUCCUUGGCUGUAGUUACAGGAUUCAUGUGCUACAGUUCGGCUAGUGUUACCUAAUCAUGUUGCCUGUCAAGGAAGCUUGCCUUCUCAACAGGCACGUACAGGUAAUAUUCCUUUGAAGUGGGAUUUUCCCUCCCGAACAAGUGCUCAGCCAUAAAGUUGUGGAGUUAUUUAUGCAUUAGUAAGGAAAGUACAGGGUAAGCCACUGAUUACUAGCCAGUAAAUUUAGAAAGGAUAUUGCUUUCCUGUAUGUAAAAGAACACUUCUAAGAAAAUAAAAUGUAUCACAAUAAAAAAUAGUAUUUAACUUACAUUGGCAUAUACAAAAACAUCCUUUCAUUCACAUCUCCCGUUUUUGUAGGGACCAAGCAGCUUACAUUUUUCAUCUGAUCUUGGCCGCCUUUUCAGUGGGACCAGGGUUCCAUAAGCCCCCACUCAUCAUGUAGCUACUCACUCGUGUUUUUGUAAAUGAAACAAUCACCACUUACAUAUUCAAAACCUUUCUAUGUAGCCUUAAGCGAUCUAGUCUUAUUGCCAUUAUGAAAUCGCCUUUUAAUUCUUUUUUUAAGGCUCACUGUGUGGUUAAUGUCCCUUUAAAUAUAUUUUUGUGAAUGGUGCACUUUAAAUCCUACAACUCCCUUGGCAUAAGUUAAAGAACAUCCCUUGACAGAGACAGUGCAGAUGAAGUGAAUUAUCAGGACUGGUGUAUCACUAGUGAUGAGACCAGCAAGUGUCUUAGCUUGGCACAGUUUAUGGAGAUGAAGCAUGUCUUACUCCCAUUUAUUGAGUUGGGUAUAGUCUGCUCCUUUCCCCUCUGGAAUUUAGAUGGAAAAACACACAUUUUUAUUCUAAUAACCUGUGAGAAAUGUCUCCUGCUUCUACAAAUGUUACAUUUAUUAUAAAGAUGGUUUAGUGGAUUGCUUAAAUAUAUAAUUAAUGCAUCCAUUUAAAACUUGCUAGGUUGACAUUUUAAAUGUGUUACCGGUUGCACAUUUAUAUAUUGUUUCUUUGCUAUAUGCCUUUUCUUUUUGUGUACUAAAUUUGAUAUUAUACCAUCCUUUGUUGUAGAAAAUACUUUUUUCCUUUAUUUUUCCCUUAAACAUAUUUCUAACCAAGUGCAUUUUGAACCUCUUUUAACAGCCUUUCUUUGGGUUAAGCCUCGUUUCUCUUGUGUGGAGGAGAGCCCAAGAAUUUUUGGUUUGCUAAUGGCUGAAAUUCUAGGGCUUGGGCCUGUUCUGAAGUUUCCUUUUGGUUCCUAUCACCCUCCCGCUUUGCCGAUCUAGAUCUUGGUUUGCCCAGAUUUGAGCCAGAGUGGCUAGCUCAGGUCAGCUUCAGGUUCUCUAGCCACUUCCAGUGAUUGCAUCCAGGGAUUUCAGGGUUAACCUCACUGAUUUAAUGAGGUUCUGGUGCUCUCCAGCCGCCUUCCACCCUUCUCAUGUAAACGAGUUACUCUCUGGGUCAUCUAGGUAAUGGACAAGAGGCUCUUUGCUUAAGGUACCUCCAGUCACUGGUUUUAUACUGGGGUAAGUAAUUUGGGUUUGAAAUAUAUCAAGUAUUUCUCUUGCAAGUUAUAAAUAACUAGAAAGGAACUUUUUUUAGUUAAAUCAUAAUUACAGCUUCAUUACAGUAUAUGUGUUGGUGUUCGUAAUAUAAAGUAAUUAAGUAAUUGCUGCUUGUUAUGAAUGCUACUUUUAUAACGUUCUUAAGCCUUAGUGUUCAGUUAAAAAAAGUUUCUAUGUAAAAUUCCAUAUAUUUACAUAUAUGGCACUAACGAUGACUUGUCCUAGGCAUUUUAGCUUAUAACUCACUUUCUAUGUACACUUUUUCUUAUUUUUUUCUGUGAAUUAAUGCAUAAUGCUAACCUGCGUGCCCUCUGGCUUAUUUGUUGCAGGAUCUAAAGGAUUUUAUGAGAAAGGCUGGUGAAGUGACCUAUGUGGAUGCACACAGAAGCAACAGGAAUGAAGGGUGAGUACUUACGGGUGGACGUGAUUUUAUCACUACAGAGAACCCAUAAUUGGGUACAGUGCUCGGAAACGUGCCAUAAUGCUUUUGGCUGGCAUGCCGUUGCUUGGCAUUGGAAACACAUUGCAUGAAGCUCAGUGAACCGUUCAUGUGCUGACACUUGCUCCCAGGAGCCAGUCUGGAAUCUGUUAAUCUUUGUGGCAAAUGUAGUGAGUAUUGACAGUAUUUGUCAGGUUCUACCAUUUUGAUACCAAACUUUCAUUUGUCAUAGUCCUACCCAGUUCAUGACACUACUUUGUAGUUAGCCAAGGUGGCUCGAACAAGGCAGACCUUUAAACACACUUGCAAAAGUGGCAGUCCCACACUGAAAGUUGCUGCACCAUGUAGUAUGGGCCAUUCUAGUGCCAGUUUCUCUGAUUAAAUGUGUUGUGCUUAAGGGAAUGCUUCACACACAAAGCACUUCUAAUUGCAGUUUAUAAAAGUGCUGACUUCUGUUUGAAAUCGACUCUUUAAUAAAUAAUUGCAGAAACACCUCCCUGAUUGUCAGGCAGUCAGAGAAGGGUAUCUUAUCAACUCUGCUAGCUCCACAGAAUUCUGCAUUUUUCACAUUUCACAGGCCGUCUGUACUGUUUAUAAAAAAAAAAAAAAAGGCUUGCAAAGACUACAGGCGAGUUUUACUGCUUUUACACACUGUUUUUAGAUGUAUCUCCAAUUAUAAAAGGCCUAACGAAAUGCAAGCACUCUUUCAUUGAGGAUAUAUCUACUAAAUGGCAUCUUUUGUAUUGGGUUAGUGGAGUGUCUCUUUAAACUCCACUGCUACAUUACUGAUGCAAAACUACCUUCACGUAGUUUAUGAAUUUUGAUAAUUGUUUCUUGUCGAUCACAUCUGGCAACCAGCAAUAUUUCGACCAAUGCAACAUGUUAGGCCACCAUAAUAUCUUGGGAGACCUGUAGCACAGGAAGGGCAACUGGAGUUGCUGUAAUAAUCCUCUUGGAAUUAUCGUGUUCUUGUUUGAGGAUUAUACAGUGCGUUUUCUCGGUUCUGACACUGAUGUGCUAGCAAUGAAGAUGGUCUGUCAUGGGGAGUAGUACCAGUUGCAUCUUAAAGGGGAAUGUGGUGGAUGAACACAAACCAUUCUGACUUUGGAAGCGUUGGAGAGGAGGCAGGUAUCUACGCCAUAAGCUCUACUUAUGCACAGACUCUAUAAAUUCUCAGUGAUUCAUUUAUUUUACUUAUGGAUAAAUUCUAGACCAACAUUAAUGGAGAAUUACACUAAAACAUUAACUUCCAUGUUAAAAACAACCUGCUGCUAGCCUCCAUGGUUUCUUUGAGAGGUUAUUCUAAAAGCCCUGGCAAAGAUCCUUAAUAGAAUCCUGCUUUACUCACAUUAAACAUUGUAAUGUGGAAAAUUGUUUAAAUUUGCCUUAAUAUCAAAUAUUUACAAAAGGUUUUACUUUUUCAAGGGUUGUGGAGUUUGCAUCCUAUAACGAUAUGAAAAGUGCUAUGGACAAGCUGGAUGGUGUUGAACUAAGUGGUCGCAAAAUUAAAUUGGUCGAAGAUCGCAAAAAGCACAGGUAAAGAAAAUAUGCUAAUUGGUGUACACAGGAUGAUUUGGAACUACGUUUCCCAAGAUACACAGCCAGCUUUAAAGAUGGCUGAACAUCAUUUGAAAUGUAGUUCAGAUAAGUAUGGAGUGAAAUGCUUUAUCACUGCAAUACCCACUGCAGUUUAUUGGAGGAGAUAUAAAUGACUAAACUAGGUCUAUGUCAAACUGCACAGUUUUGUUUUAAAAGGCAAGAAGUUGCUCAGGAAGCUGACUGGAGAUUUACCCAUACAAAACCGACAAAUUGCAGUUAAUCGUGCAGAGUCCACAAAUGGUUACUCAGAUUAACCAGAGCCUGCUCACUAAACUAGGCAACCUUUGGCACUCCAGAUGUUUUGGACUACACCUCCCAUGAUGCUUUACCAGCAUUAUGGGGGAGGUAAUCCACACCAUCUGGCGUGCCCAAGGUUGCCUAUCCCUGCACUAGACUAUGGUGAAUUCAUUACUUUAAGGUGCUAAAGUCCCUUACUUGUCCUUGCUACAUUUUAUGGUGGCUUAUGCCUUUUAAUAUGAACCAACAAUGAUGCAUUUUUAGUUCAGAAGGCGGUCACACAAGAGUCCACCUUUUUUAUUUUUGUUGUGAGAUUUAAAAGACCACAUACGAUUCCACAACAUCAUACGUAGUCACAAUAUUAUCACAGGUUUUCACAUAUGUGGCAUUGAGAUAGUGGCACUUUUUUUAGUCAUAGUAAAGGUUGGUAGUUUGCUACGCACAAGCUGGUCAUGCUGGGUGAGAUUAAUAUAACAUGCUCACAGAGUACUUAAACUAAAGACAACGUUGCUUAACUGAGGGCAUAUGCAGGCAUGGCCAGCGUGACUAGAUACCAGGUAGACCUUACAGUAGGACAGAGUAGCUGGGCAGUAAAUUAUAGUAAUGGUAAACGUUACUCCCUGGCGAAUAAAAGAGAAAUUAAUAGAAAGAUUAACCAAUGGGAAUAGACUUGAGGCAUUAUGAUAUGCUGAUUAAGCAUAGCGACUGCUAAAACAGGGUUCUCAUGAUUAGAGAAUAGGCAUGUGUACAAAGUCCCGUAAUUGCAUUGGCAGCAACUUCUUGGAGGCUGGUCCUCCCGACUUUAUCCAAUGCCACUAGUGUGCUGCAGGGGGUUUCUUGGUUGGGCCCAGUAUCAUAUUGCGGCUUCGUGGCUGGGCAUCAGAGCUUGGCUCUCUCUGUUUGCUGUGUUCAAGGAGGGGCCCCUCACUGCUUGUGUCGGAAGCCGCCUUCUCCUUAUCUCUGGGCUGCACGCUUGAUUUAGCUCUUGUUUUGGGGGUGCUUAAGGCUGCAUAGGCGAUUGGUGGGCUUCCCCUUGUUGUGGGACCCUGACCCAGAAUGGUAUCGACCCUUCAGGGCAGGAGCGUGGAUCACUGGAUCUGCAGGCAAAGUGGUGUUAGGAGUAGGUUUUCCGAUGCGUUCUCAAAAGGCUUGACACGCCAUGUCGAAUCUGGCCUCGAAGCUUGUUCUCCAGGCUUGGAACGCUAGGCUUUCCGAGUGGGUCAUGCAUUGCAGGAGGUUUGUCGUGUGGAGCUAGCCCCAUGUGGGAGAUUGGCUGUCACUCCCAGGCAUCAGGUCACCGCGCAUGCUAGGCCUCAUAGCCGGACGGCUCGGUUUUCCAGUCUGCACAAUUCUGGGGUUGCUUUGUUCCCACUCUUUUUUUUUUACUGGUCAGUCAUCCGUGCUUGGGUUGCUGCAACCAGCGUGGGUUUAAGUAGUUUUAGCGUUUAUUGUGCUGGAUCGUGUCAGAACUAAGGGACAACACGUCCGGCCAUCUUAGCUUCCAGGCUCCGCUCCCUGAGAGUCCACCUUUUGAAGAUUUAGGUGUCACUUACUGAGAAAUGGGUGAACUCCAAAAUGCAGAAAUGUUAAAUGCACCUAGAAACAAUAGAUAAUCGGAGACCUAUAUUGUCCCCUUCUACUAGGACCUUUUCAGUCAGUACUCUUGUGGUAUGUGUAAAAGCAUGUUAGUUAUUAAAUUUUUAUUUUUGUUUGCCGAACAUUGCUAAUUUAUUAUGGGAGUAUAAUUCAGUGAUUGACUAACGGAAGGUCUGCUCAGCCUAUCAGUGCUGCUCAAGUUGGAUCGAAUUGGUAUUCUCGAAGUGUUCACGGAGUUGGUUGAAGAGAGAUUGAUCUGUAGUGGUUAGAUUGCAGUCGUUCUUUAGUGGUGCAUAAGAGGUUCCACUGCACAAACUGCAUUUUUGUCUCCUGUAUGAAUUGAUCUCCAUCUUUAAGAGGGACUAUAAUCUUGCUCUUUGAAUGUAAAACUGUGUAGUUUGUAAAUGGGAGUUUAUAAUGAGGCAUCUGUUUGUUUCACUCCUCCCCCUCCCAAAUAAAUCUUUCUCAAAGAAAAGCAUUGAGCUUGAUGGUUCUUUAUAAGAAGCAUUGAAGCUGCAGGCAUUGUUUAGAUAGGACAUUGAGCCCAUUGUACAGCGCUACGGAAUUUGCUAGCGCUAUAUAAUCAUUAAAGAUUCAAGUCUGACUCUGUUUUGGCUGUCAGGGAGAUAGCCGUUAGAUGUAUUUAGCCCUGCAAGGUAAACCUGCUGUAUCUGCAAACAUUUUUAUAUUGUAGGACUAAAAAAGGGCACUGCUCUCAAAUCACUUCAUUGAGAUGAAGUGCUCUGUGUGCCUAGAGCGUCCCUUAAUCUAUCUUUACCGACUUCACAUGUGAUUGAAUAGUUUGUUGCAUUUGCCGUUACAUGAAUGACCACUCCGAACACAUGACUUUAUCUCAAUGAACCUCUAAGCCAUAACUACCUUAUUUAUUUUACGUAAACCUCUGUCUAAACAACCAUCCUGCGUUGAAUGCAGCUAUUCCUACCAACUCAUUCUUGCCUGCUGAGUGUUCAUAGGGUGAGGACAUCUUCCUUCAUUACCCACAUGCAUAUCCUAGUAGCUGUGUCAGUGUGGUUUGAUAGCCGCAUUCUGGAUCAGACUGCAAGAGCUACUACAGUUAGUUUGAAUAGCUGAAUCCAACCCACAUUGCUGCUCAGCCAAAACAAAACCAAUGUAAAACAUUUAAAAUCAUACCAAGUGAAAGAUUAAUGAUACUGUUCCUUUGUCACAUUUGUCAUUUAUUUUACAUUAUUGUAGGGGUUUUGGUAUUAAAAAAUAUUCAAUUUAAAUGAAAAUAAUUAAAAUUAACGCUUUUUUUGUAAAGCAUCCAUAGUGGGGUGGAAACCAUAAACCCCUGUUUGGAAGCUGAUUUUGUCACCUCCUCCUUAUGAGAUGGAAGCUCUCUGCAUUGAGUCAAGUUUGGUGGGGUCGGCAAACUUUGGCAUUCCAGCUAUUGUGGACUGAGAUGGAGUCUACAAUAUCUGGAGUGCCAAAGAUUGCCUGUCCUUGGUGUAGGGAUAAUUUAUCCCUUAUUACCCCUUUGUACUGCCGAAAUGAACUCCCAUUUAGUCAGGCAGCCUUAGCUAGGGUUUGUUUGUCAUUUUUUUUUUACUUUUUGUUUUUGGUCUUUAAGGAUAAAGUGUUUUCCAGACUUUUAGCAAUAUUUUGUAUUUUUUCAUUUGUCACAUAUUUUGAUACUGAUUGUGGGAACAGAUUUCUGCUCUUUUCUUGUUUAAAAUUAUCAGAAGGUUCUAGCAGAAGCUUCUGUCUCUUAGGGGAGGAAGUGACCAGCUCCCCACAAAUAUAUUGUAAAAACUACUUGCAUGCGGAAGCAUCAUAACCAUUCUGCACUUCUUCUAGUUAUGGUGCUUUGUGUUCUUUUACAACAAGUCAAUUUCUGUCUGUGCUACAACACUUAAUCCUUUUCAUCCAAGAAGCAGAUCUCGUUCGAGGAGCUACUCUAGAUCCCGAAGCAAGUCGAAGUCUCGCGGGUCCUCCAGGUCUGCAAGUAGAUCUCGUUCUCCCAGCCGCACGCCUGAGAAGAAAUAUCCUCCGAAAAGCAGCAGUGCAGAACCUGCUCAGGCUUCUCCAUCUCCUCGUUCUACCAAGCGUCAAUCCCGCUCGAGUUCUGCGGACAGCCGCAAUUAA